UCUCACUUCACUGUUCUCUACUCUUCCUCGACAAGUUUUGUGAACCCCAAAACUCCUAUAUUUUCCCCUCACUUUCACAUUUUAUUUCCACAAUCAUUGGAUUAGAUCUUUGUUUUUCAGGAUUUUAUUAACCUCGAUUCGUCUCUAUUUCUAAGGAAUCAAAAUUUCCUCUCUUGUUCCAGUUACCCUAAUUUUGGCAAUUCUCUGUAAAGGUUAGCCUUCGAUCCAAUGCUGGAAUCCGAUACUCCCUCGAAAACGUUUCUCGGCGUUCGUUUUUGUCUUUACGGCUUCGAUCCCGUCAACGAGCAUGAGGUUCGAGUAAAGCUCAUUACCGGCGGCGGCGUUGGUGUGGGUCAGUGUAACCAGAAUUGCACUCAUUUGAUUGUUGAUAAGAUUGUAUACGAUGAUCCUGUAUGUGUUGAUGCUCUAAAUGAUGGCAAAACAGUUGUCACUGGAUUAUGGGUUGAUCAUAGUUUUGAUGUCGGAAUGCCUCUUGAUGCUACUUCGAUUAUGUACAGACCUCUUAGGGACUUAGAUGGAAUUCCUGGUGCUAAAAGUUUAAUUGUAUGCUUGACUGGAUACCAGAGGCAAGAUCGAGAUGACAUUAUGACAAUGGUUAGCUUGAUGGGUGCUCAAUUUUCUAAACCUCUGGUUGCAAGCAAAGUCACUCAUCUAAUAUGUUAUAAAUUCGAAGGAGAGAAGUAUGAGCUUGCUAAGAAAAUCAAGAAGAUAAAGCUUAUCAAUCACCGCUGGUUGGAAGAUUGUAUAAGAGAAUGGGAAAUUCUUUCAGAAGCUAACUAUAGCAAGAGUGGUUAUGAGUUAGAGAUAAUGGAAGCUGAAGCCAAAGAUUCUGAUGAAGAGGCUGAAGAAACUACAUUGAAGCAUUCUGGGCAACAGAGUAUGAAUAGGAGCCCUCAUAAUUUGAGAGCUGAAAUGCUCAGUUCCCGUGAAUUGCCCGCAACUGUUGAAGUGUCAACUUCGACUAUGCCCAAACAUUCACCAAAUACCAAGGAAGUUUUAGUGACACCUGAGAAGUUUCAUCAAGGCACAAGCAUCAAUAAUGCUUCAUCUACUAAGCUAGCUCAACCAGGCAACAGAAGCCCAAAUUCUACAAAUAUGGAUAAUUACUUGGAACCUACCUCUAAGAGCCCCUCGUUAUCCAAUCAGAUGUUCACUGGCAUAAGUUACUCAAGGAAAACACCAAGCAAAUCAUCAAGAACUUCUACGCUUCCAAAUUUAUCUAGGGAGGAAUCUGGAAACAAUAGUGGCUCUCCUCAAGCUAUGAAAAUCAAGAAUGUAUCUGAUGUUUCUUCCUCUAAAAUGCAGCAACCAGAGGAAAGAACUGGUUCUUGUUUUGAUAGAUCUCCAUGGAAAGGAAGUGAUCUGUGCCAUGCCAACGACUCAGCUGGUAUAUUGCCUCAGAAAAGAGCUUUGGAACUUUCUUGUAGUAGCUCUAAAUCACAAAAGACGAGUAAUGCAAAAGCUUCUGUCAAGGGCAGCGCACUAGAUACUGAACGAUGGGAACGGAGAUCCCUGGGUGAACAGCCGCAGAUUAACGACUACUCAGUGAAUGAGACUGGUUGUCUGAAUAGUUUACAUAGUUCAUGUGCCAAGUUGUUGACUGAUCUUUUUUCCUCUGAAACUGUUACUCCUGAGGACAGACAGAGAAGUAGUGAUGAGAAGUCUCCUGGCAUGUCCUUUAGGGGGUAUAGAGUGUCCACCUUUGCAGGUAAGCCAGAUAUGCAAAAUGAGAUUGCUUAUGAGAAGUCACCACAUAUGUCUUUCACGGAAUUAAGAGAGUCCACCCCAGCAAGCAGAUCAAAUAUUGAAGAUUACAGCCAAGAACAGGCACAAGUGGGCGGAGAGCCAGGUGUGCUGCAGAAUAAGCAGCAAGUUGUUGAGGUGGCUUCACUUGAUGAUAGAAAACUGCGGAAUGAAAAUUCUCAUAGCCCUUCUAAUUUGGUUGUGCUUGAAGGAGGAAAUGAUAAGUCAGUGAGAAAAUCAGUUAGCAAGAAGCUUGCAAAACUGACAAAACCGGUGAACAAGCCAGAUAUGCAAAGUGAGAAUGCUGGUGAGGAAUCACCCCAAAUGUCCUUCAAGGGAUUAAGAGAGACCACCUCUGCAAGCAGAUCAAAUAUCAAAGAAUACGGCUUAGAACAAUUACAAGUUGUUGGAGAGCACAAUGAGCUGAAGAAUAAGCAGCAAGAUGUUGAGGUUCCUUCAUUUGAUGAAAGAAAGCCAGGAAAUGAAGGUUCCCAUAGCCCUUCUGACUUGAAUGUGCUUGAACGAGGAAAUGAUAAGUCAACGACAAAACCAGUUACCAAGAAGCUUAAGAAAAAGACCUUGGGUUCUCGACCAAAACUAAGUAACAUUGCUAACAGAAAAGGUUCUAUUUACUCUAGCAAAAUUUCUUCGGAAAAUCGUUCUACAAUUUCCUUGGAUGGUGAGAGUAAAAGAGCAACUCAUAAGAGUGCCAGUGAGCAUGAGACAUCCCCUCCAACUAUUAACCUGGAUUCAGCUAAGGAUAUCAAAAUAGUUGCAAAAUGUCAAACUUCCGUUACUAGUAAGACUCAAUUCAUGGAUGAUGAAACUCAAGCUCCAGAUGAGGAAGAUGAAAAUGAUCCUAAGACAGCUGAAAAAGAGAAGUCCGAGUUGGUUGAAUUGAUGGGUAAAGUAGAUACAUUUGUAGAAGUGGAACAUGUCAGCCAUGAUUCCAAUGUGGCUCAAGAUGGGAGUUCAAUUGCCCCGGAGAAUGGAACAAAUGGAACUGAUCCUGAGAGGGCAGCUGAUAGCAAGAAUUCUGAAUUAGGUGAACCAACUUUGAUGUGUGGUGGUUUGAAAAAGAAAGCAAACAAAAGGAUUAAACAGCCUGCCGGUAGAGCCAUGAUGAAGGCUGAUCCUUCUAAUUCCACAAACAAUUUGGUUGGGCAAAAUAGUAGUGUCCCGAAGAACGUUGAGGAGAAAGAAAAUGAAAAAGAGAAUUUCAUGCUACAUUCUGCUGCCAAACCAAAAGGCAACAUUGCAUCUUCGAAAGUGGAAAUAUCUGGGGCAGCAGGCAAGAGUAGCCCAGUCUGUCACGUGGAGGUUUCUGGGAAAUCAAUUGGUAAAUCCAGCAACAGAACAGUGAAGACUAAUGAAAAAUUCCAGAAGGUUGACUCUAACAGGCAACCGCUGCAAAAGGUUUUGGACAGAGUGAAAAAUGAGCCUAUAUGUUUUAUAUUAAGUGGCCACAGACUGCAGAGAAAAGAAUUUCAGCAAGUCAUUCGGCGAUUGAAAGGCAAAUUUUGUAGAGACUCUCAUCAAUGGUCAUACCAGGCAACACAUUUCAUUGCCCCAGAUCCAGUUCGUAGGACUGAAAAAUUCUUUGCUGCUGCUGCAUCUGGAAGGUGGAUUCUUAAGUCUGAUUAUUUAAGUGCUUGUAAUCAGGCAGGAAAAUUCUUGGCAGAGGAGCCUUAUGAAUGGCACAAAAAAGGCCUCAGUGAAGAUGGUGCAAUAAACUUAGAGGCUCCAAGGAAGUGGCGUCAGUUACGGGAGAGAACAGGACAUGGAGCAUUUUAUGGAAUGCGCAUUAUUGUAUAUGGAGAAUGCAUUGCUCCCCCUUUGGAUACUUUGAAGCGUGUGGUGAAAGCCGGGGAUGGUGAUAUUUUAGCAACAUCCCCCCCUUACACAAGAUUCCUCAAAUCUGGCGUCCAUUUCGCUGUUGUUAGCCCUGGCAUGCCACGUGUUGAUAUGUGGGUUCAAGAGUUUUUAAAACAUGAGGUACCCUGUGUUGUUGCCGACUACCUAGUGGAAUAUGUAUGUAAACCUGGUUACUCCCUGGAGAGACAUGUUCUAUACAACACACUCGAAUGGGCAGAGAAGUCGAGUAGUAACUUGACAAGCCGAGCCGAAGAGAUUGUUGAGGACUCGACCCCAGAUGAGUCACCAAAUCACACGGAAGGUAAUGAUAUAACAUGCCAAGUUUGCGGCUCUGGUGACAGAGGAGAGGUCAUGCUGAUCUGCGGUGAUGAAAAAGGUUCAGUAGGUUGUGGAGUUGGCACUCACAUUGAUUGUUGUGAUCCUCCGCUCGACGCUAUUCCUGAGGAGGACUGGUUUUGUCCCAAGUGUAGCAGAAGCAACAUAAACAAAACGUCUUCUUCCAAGAAAAGGAAAAAGGGUGCCUCUCGGCCAAAGGGCAGGUAAUCUUCCGGUGCUUAGCUUUUGAAACUGUAGAGACCUGUUCAUUGUAGAAUUGCUUAGAAUUAGUUUUGCUUGUCUAAUGGUGUAGGAAUAUUAACAUAUUUC